AUGUCGUCGAGUCUGCUAGCUACAGACGGAGGGGUUUUGUGGAUUUGGCCUCGUGGCUUCUUCGAGGAGUGUUCCCCUACCAUUAUUGGCGACCUGAGAACUACCGCGUUUCUUCCGGAUCCGUGUCAAGAAACAGGAAAGAAAAAGACAGAAAAAGAGAAGGAAAGGGAAAAAAAAAAGAGAAAGAAAGCAAUCUUCGACCGCCAAGCUCCUCGACUGGCAGGCCUAGUCGACGGUCGCUUCCAUUGCAAGAUUCUCUUUUGGCAGCAUCAGAUACCCCUCGUCGAGAGUAAAAAGCUUUUAGUGACGAUGCCGCUCGUCCUCGAGCUCCAAAGAACAGGGGGAGCUUCGAGCUCUAGCGGGCCCCGCGCCGUAAGAAAACUGCACAAAAACAGGAGAGAUGCGGUGCCAAUCUCGGGAGUGAACCUGAAUAGAAAACCAGAUGGGUGGGAUCGCCGUGGCGGGGGUGACGACAAGACCAUCAUCGUCCUUGCUGGUGACAAGCAACCGGGGAGACUAUUCGCGGGGGGAGUACCAGACGGCUCUCUCAUCGACGACGCUGAAGGCAUCUGGACAGAAGGUUCUAUCCGAGGGGAAGCAAUCAGCUGGAUGAGCAUUCUUCGGACUCCCAGAGCCAUGGAAGCAGCAAAAGGGAGAUUGUCUGGGCUGGCGGCGAGGGGCAACGGGGCUUGGCGCAAUGACAUCGGCCGCGCAGAGAUGCAUCGUCGUCAUAGGCCGCCGCCCGCAAAGCCUACUACUACUCGAUACUCUAUCUCUCGCCGUUCCCCGCCGACUGACCUCAUUGCUCGAUUUUCACUUUCUACUCUCCAUUCUCCAGUCUCUAUUCUCCAUACCAUACUUUCGAACUCAAGCUCUUGCGACUCAUUGUUCGUGACGCCGUGUCCGGCUGCUCCUUUGACGUCGUCCCUUGUGCGGCGGCCCGCCUAA